AUGCAGCAGAUUGUGCAUUUCUCCGUGUCUUUCCUCCUUGUCUUGUGGGGGUGUGCACACGGAGGCUCGCCCAGCGUCCAAAUUGGGGGGCUCUUUCCAAGGGGCGCGGACCAAGAGUACAGCGCCUUCCGGAUAGGCAUGGUCCAGUUCGGUACGGCCGAGUUCCGGCUCACGCCUCACAUUGACAACCUGGAGGUGGCCAACAGUUUUGCUGUCACCAAUUGCUUCUGCUCGCAGUUCUCCAGGGGCGUCUAUGCCAUUUUCGGAUUCUACGACAAAAAGUCGGUGAACACCAUCACGUCGUUCUGCGGCACGCUGCACGUGUCCUUCAUCACGCCCAGUUUCCCGCUGGACGGCACCCAGCAGUUCAUCAUCCAGAUGAGGCCAGACAUUAAGGGGCCACUGCUGAGCCUCAUUGAGUACUACAAGUGGGACAAGUUCGCCUACCUGUACGACAGCGAUCGAGGCCUGACAACACUUCAGGUGGUCCUGGACACGGCGGCCGAGAGGAAGUGGCAAGUGACGGCCAUCAACGUGGGCAAUCUAAAAGAUGAGCGCAAAGAUGAAGCCUACCGCUCGCUUUUCCAGGAUCUGGAAAACAAGAAAGAGCGACGGGUGAUCCUGGAUUGUGAACAGGACAAAGUCAAAGACAUCAUGGACCAGGUCAUCACCAUUGGCAGACACGUUAAAGGCCACCAUUACAUCAUAGCUAAUCUGGGUUUUGUGGACGGCGAUCUGUCCAAAAUCCAGUACGGCGGUGCCAAUGUGUCAGGCUUCCAGAUCGUGGAUUUCGACGAUCCUUUGGUAUCCAAGUUUGACCAAAGGUGGGAGGCCUUGGAGGAGAAGGAGUAUCCAGGGGCAGAUAGCAAGAUCAGAUACACAUCAGCGUUGACGUACGACGCGGUGCAAGUGAUGACGGAGGCCUUCCGCUACCUUCACAAGCAGCGCAUCGACUUCACCCGUCGGGCCAACACCGGCGACUGCCUUGCCAACCCCGCUGUUCCCUGGGCUCAGGGAGUGGAAAUCGAGCGGGCAUUGAAACAGGUGCGCGUGGAGGGCCUGACGGGCAACAUCCAGUUCGACCAACACGGCAAGCGGGUCAACUACUCAGUCAACAUAAUGGAAUUGAAGAACAACGGCCCCGUAAAGAUUGGCUACUGGAACGAGGUUGACAAAAUGGCCGUCACCAAAUCUGACGUCUUUGCCAAUGACUCGACGGGGAUGGAAAAUAAAACGGUCAUUGUCACGACAAUCUUGGAGGCUCCUUACGUCAUGCUGAAAAAGAAUGCUGACCUGUUUGUGGACAACGACCGCUACGAAGGGUACUGUGUGGAUCUGGCCGCCGAGAUCGCAAGGCAUUGCGGUUUCAAAUACCAACUGAAAAUAGUCAAUGAUGGCAAGUAUGGAGCCAGGGAUGCUGAGACCAAGAUCUGGAACGGCAUGGUGGGCGAGUUAGUGUAUGGGAAAGCUGACAUCGCUGUAGCUCCUCUAACCAUCACCCUCGUCCGAGAGGAAGUGAUCGACUUUUCUAAGCCUUUUAUGUCCCUGGGGAUCUCGAUUAUGAUCAAGAAACCCCAGAAGUCCAAGCCUGGCGUCUUCUCCUUCCUUGACCCACUGGCCUAUGAGAUAUGGAUGUGCAUCGUGUUCGCCUAUAUCGGAGUCAGUGUCGUGCUCUUCCUGGUCAGCCGCUUCAGCCCCUACGAGUGGCACACAGAGGAGUACGAGGACGGGCAGAUCCAGACCAACGAGUCCACCAAUGAGUUUGGCAUAUUCAAUAGCCUGUGGUUCUCGCUGGGGGCGUUCAUGCGACAAGGCUGUGACAUCUCACCAAGGUCCCUGUCCGGGCGCAUUGUUGGCGGCGUGUGGUGGUUCUUCACGCUUAUCAUCAUCUCCUCCUACACGGCCAAUUUGGCUGCUUUCCUCACUGUGGAGAGGAUGGUGUCACCCAUUGAGAGCGCUGAGGACCUGGCCAAGCAGACCGAGAUCGCGUAUGGCACGCUAGACUCAGGCUCAACUAAAGAAUUCUUUAGGCGUUCUAAAAUUGCCCUUUUUGACAAAAUGUGGACAUACAUGCGGAGUGCAGAGCCCUCGGUGUUUGUGAAAAAAACAGCCGAGGGUGUUCUGAGAGUCCGCAAGUCCAAGGGGAAAUACGCCUACUUGCUGGAGUCCACCAUGAACGAGUAUAUCGAGCAACGCAAACCCUGCGAUACCAUGAAGGUGGGAGGCAACCUGGACUCCAAAGGAUACGGAAUCGCCACGCCCAAAGGAUCCUCAUUAAGAAAUGCGGUUAACCUCGCAGUACUAAAACUGAAUGAGCAAGGCCUGUUGGACAAAUUGAAAAACAAAUGGUGGUACGACAAAGGAGAGUGCGGCAGCGGGGGAGGUGAUUCCAAGGAGAAGACCAGCGCCCUCAGCCUGAGCAACGUGGCUGGGGUCUUCUACAUUCUGGUCGGAGGACUCGGCUUGGCCAUGCUGGUGGCCUUAAUCGAGUUCUGUUACAAGUCCCGAGCCGAGGCCAAACGAAUGAAGGUGGCAAAGAAUGCACAGAAUAUUAACCCAACUUCCUCGCAGAAUUCACAGAAUUUUGCAACUUAUAAGGAAGGUUACAACAUGACUUUCGGGGACGCUAUGAGGAACAAAGCGAGACUUUCGGUCACCGGGAGCACUGGGGAGAAUGGUCGGGUGAUGACUCCUGAGUUCCCGAAGGCCGUCCACGCCGUCCCGUACGUCAGGCCCGACAUGGGCCUCAAUGUCAGCCUGACAGACCUGUCCUGA